AUGGUUUUUCUUCGCUUUUUGGCCUUAAUGGUCUUCUUUGUUCUAGUAUGGGCUGUGAACCACAUACCUGAUAAACAAAUGAACGAGUGGCUCAAUGCCGGCGGUGUCCCCCUUACAAUCGCCGCGCAGCCCAUGUGGUUUUUUGGCCAGUCCCAGAAUCAACCACCAUGCUAUCCCACCUGGGUUAUUCGAGCAGGCAAACAAGCCCCGGGUGGCGGUCUCUGUGCGUUUCCUGAAGUAGGUUGUCACUGCCGUAAUCCAGGCAUUAAAAUCGGCAAUCCUGGACCAAAGUUUCCUAUCUACUACACGUACAAUAAAUGCCAUGAAAAGGAAAUCAGAGUGGAAUAUAACAUCUUCUUUGACAAGGAUGGUUUCAUCGCAGGUGGACACCGGUAUGAUUGGGAGCAUGCCAUUGUGGUUUGGGCCAGAGGUUCAGAUAACAAGUGGCAUCAGUCUCAGUUGUUCCUAUCUCAACACAAGAUACACGACAAGAAGAACUGUAAUGAUAUCCAAAACACCUUUAGGAGUAAUGACGCCAACAAGCCUCGUGGUGGUGAUAACGGAAAGAAGGGCUUCGCUCAUCCAAAGGUGUACGUUGCUUGGGCGAAGCAUGCUAUCUACCACGACCGUAACACUGGAUGGAACGAUCCUUUAUCUCAACAGCUUUGCCAUGCUUUUAGGUCACAGGAUUGGUGGUAUUACCAUUCAAAGGGGGACUACAUCCGAGCUGAUCGUUCCACCAAAAUCGGUCAUCAGAUUGCGGGCUUGAACUGGGGCGAUGCGACAAGCACUCCUCCCAAUGUUCACGACGGGCUGUAUUCUAUUUGA